AUGGAUUCCUCCUCUCACAAAUAUUACCAUGUUCAUGAAUUUGAACCGACGCAUCUCGUUGAUCUUUACUUUUCGUCCAAAUCAGAAGACGCACUUCUAGAGGAGACUGUCUUCGCCACCCUGAAAUUUCUGCUUAACGAAAAACAAAACAGCCGUAUUGAAGGAGAAGCUUUGCUUGAUUUUAGUGCAGGGUCUAUUGUUUUUCAACUAUUGGCAAUUUUUGAGUGCUUCAAAGAAAUAACUCUAUUAGAAUUCAAUGAUUUCUGCAUCGCUGAGCUGGAGAAAUGGAGAAACAGCCACGAUGAAGCCUAUGACUGGUCUCAUGCAUCAAAGGCUUUGAUGGACCUGGAAGGAAAAAGUGGUGGGUGGCAAGAGAAAGAAGAAUUGUUGAAAGCGAAAAUUAAACAAAUUCUGAAAUGCGACUUUACAAAAGAAAACCCUACAGACCCAAUUGUGCUACCAAAAGUUGAUUGUAUCAUUAGUGCUUGGUUACUGGAUAUCAUAAGCCCAGAUAAAGAGGCGUAUAUUAGAAAUUUUAGAAAACUCUCUUCUUUACUUAAACCAGGCGGUCGCCUGAUCUUGUUUGGAAAUAUUAAUCAUUCAUUUUAUUUUAUUGGAGAGCACAAAUAUAAUUUCUUAAGUUAUGAUGAAGAAUUUCUUAGAAGAACACUAAAAGAUGAGGGAUAUGUAAUGGAAUCUUAUCAAGCAAAUGACAGGAAAACAACAUCUCCUCUUGUGGAUCAUGAAAAAGUUGUGUUUGUCAAUGCGAUUAAAAAGAAGUGAAAUUAGAUUAAAUUUACACUUUUCUGAGUAAUUGGAAUGAAUUGGAAUUUGGAGUUAAUUCUGUAACAACGCAUACAUUGAUCUCAUCUGUCUGCCAAAUUAAAUUUAUAAGAUUAAGAACAUUUUAAAAUGCAUUAGCCUUAGUUACUAGUUAUCAAGAUUUAUCAUAAAAUAAAUGCUCUGAUUUAGAUUAAUUAUGAUAGUAUAAGAAUGGUUUGCACCAAAUAUAUCAAUGUGUUAAAGCAGUCAAUAUACCUUGUGAAUCAGCUUUUCAAAUCUGUUUAA